UUCAGCAACAAUCCCUCCUCUCACACAUCUGUAUCUGAGACUCUCCGGUAGGCUGUACUUGAGGACGAGCUGUGAGAGGAGAGCAGAGACAGAAAUUCUGAUUUUUCCGCUGCUAUCUUCGCAAAACAAAGAUUUUCCAUCUGUUAAGUGGCUACAAGGGAGCUGUUUUAUAAGUAAACCUGAGUUUGGCUGUAUUCAAAGAGCGGGAGGACAGUUUGCCUCUUUUAAAAGACUGCUUACCGGAGGAAAGUUUAAAUCCCGGUGAGACCGAAAGGUGAGCCGGAUGCGACUUAAAUCGUCCCGGCUGUUCUCUUUGUAAAUUAAAAUAGAGAGAGCUUUUGAUUCAGUGUGUGUUUUCUAGCCGGGAAGACUUUAUCUGCUUAAGGAGUUGCAGUAUUUGGCUGUCCCACACUGAACUCUACAGCAUGUCAGGCAAGUGUAGCGCUGUGUAACCAGUUCAUCCAGCUCGCCGGGGAGUUUCGUCAGCUUGCUUCACUGACGUGCAGGUAAGCCGCUGACGAGGUUCGCCUCACUUCCAGAGCGUCCCUGUGAAGGCCGUUGGACGACGAUGGCUGGCUUGAGUAAUGUCCACAUGAAAACCCUGGAGGACCUAACUCUGGACUCGGGCUACGGGGCGGGGGACUCUUGCAAAUCCCUCAGCCUGUCCUCCUCAAAGUCAAACUCCCAGGCAUUCAUGACGGCCCCUCACCGGGGGAACUGGUGGUACUACUCCGGCUCCAUGAAUAGCAGAAACAAUAGCUGGGACACUGUCAACACAGUCCUUCCUGAAGACCCAGAGGACAUCUUCUCCAAGUGUCCACGCUUACCUGAACUGGAAGAGUUCCCAUGGACUGAGGAGGAGGUGGCCAAGAUACUGCGUAAAGUGGCCGAGAGUGGGAGCAUGAAAUGGGGGACUACACCUGUGUUCUCACCGGAGGCUGUGAGGCGGCUGUCCACGCUUCUCCGCAGGGCUCUGAUCCGCAUUUCUAGAGAGGCUCAGCGUCUCAGUGUCAUGCACUGCCGCUGCACACGCUUCGAGGUGCAGAGUGCCAUGAAGCUGGUGCUCAGCUGGGCUCUCGCCGACCACUGCGUCUCUGCCACAGUUAAGGCCAUCUCCUUGUACAGUAUGAGUGCCGGUGAACUACUGAGGAAAGGCAAGUCCGCCCGCUGCGGCCUCUCCUUCUCUGUGGGACGUUUCUUCCGCUGGAUGGUGGACACCCGCAUUUCCGUGCGAAUCCACGAGUAUGCAGCAAUAUGUUUAACUGCAUGCAUGGAAGCUUUGGUGGAGGAGAUAGGAGCCCGGGUGCUGAUGGCCGAGAGGGGUCAUUCAGGGCCUGAUUUAGGGUCAGGGAGCGUCACAGUGAGUGCAGAGGCCAUGGAAGGGGUGGUCAACAAUGACGCGGAGCUGUGGGGAGUCCUGCAACACUAUGAGCACCUGAUCUGCGGGAAGAACGCAAAUGGUGUUUUGUCUCUCCCAGCCCAUUUCAGUCCCUACACAGAGAACCAGCAGACGUCUGUGGACAGCAGGGAGGAUGCUUAUGCCCAGCUGGAGCUGAGGACUCUGGAACAAUCCCUGCUGGCUACCUGCGUAGGCAGCAUCUCUGAACUCAGUGACCUGGUGUCCCGUGCAAUGCACCACAUGCAGCGCCUGAGCUCAGUACGUCCAGGGCUGAGCCCUGUCCGCCACGCCCGUCCUCAGCAGCCUGUGUCCUGGUCGCCUGACGCCCUCCACACCCUCUACUACUUCCUGCGUUGCCCACAAAUGGAGUCCAUGGAGAAUCCCAAUUUGGAUCCCCCACGCAUGGCACUUAGCAAAGAGAGGCCUUUUCUGUUGCUGCCACCUUUGAUGGAGUGGAUGAGGGUGGCCAUAGUUCAUGCUGAGCAUCGCAGGAGUCUGUUAGUGGACAGUGAUGAUGUCAGACAGACAGCCAGGCUUCUCCUUCCAGGAUUGGACUGUGAGCCAAGACAACUGAAGCCUGAGUGUUGCUUUAGCUCCUUCAAGCGUCUCGACUCCAAAGCUGCCUCUGAUAAGUUCCACCUUGAUUUGGGUUUUCGGAUGCUCAACUGUGGUCGCACAGAUCUUAUUGGCCAAGCAAUCGAUCUACUGGGACCAGACGGGGUGAACAGCAUGGAUGACCAGGGAAUGACCCCUCUGAUGUAUGCCUGCGCAGCUGGAGACGAAGCCCUCGUCCAGAUGCUGAUUGAUGCUGGGGCCAACCUUGACGUGGCGGUACCACCCUGCACCCCCAAGCACCCCUCUGUGCAUCCUGAUAGUCGACACUGGGCGGCCCUCACCUUCGCGGUGUUGCAUGGACACAUCUCUGUGGUGCAGCUUCUGCUGGAUGCAGGGGCAAGUGUGGAGGGGGCUGCAGUCCGCAAUGGACAGGAGAAUACAGCAGACACUCCAUUGCAGCUGGCUUCAGCAGCAGGCAACUAUGAGAUGGUGAGUUUGCUACUGGCACGAGGUGCUGACCCCUUAUCAAAGAACCAUGAUGGAAAUGCCCUUAAUUCAUCCCUCUAUGAGGACAUGAACUGCUUCAGUCAUGCUGCUGCACAUGGACACAGGAACGUGCUGAGAAAACUACUGACUCAGCCACAGCAAAUCAAAGAGGAUGUCCUGUCUCUGGAAGAGAUCUUAGCUGAGGGGGUUGAAGAUGAGACGGCCGGGAUCUGCCCUUUCGUCCAUCUCUCCCCUCUUUCUAACCCUUCCAAUGGCCCUGCGCCCAUGCCAGAUGUGGGCAUGCCCAGGCUCUGCAAGGCCAGGAUGAAGGCUUUGCAAGAGGCCAGCUACUACAGUGCUGAGCAUGGCUAUCUGGACGUCACCAUGGAGCUACAUGCUAUGGGCGUACCAUGGAAACUACACGUGUGGCUGGAAUCUCUUCAUUGCGCCCAGCAGCAGUCCCGGACAGGGGUCACCCUCUCCCUACUCAAAGACUUUACCACAAUCAGAGAGGAGGACUAUUGUGAAGAACUGGUCACCACAGGCCUGCCCCUUAUGUUCAAUAUUUUGCGCACCACCAAGAACGACGCUAUUACACAGCAGUUGGCCGCUAUUUUUAGUCACUGUUUUGGCCCAGCACCCCUCCCAGCCAUCCCUGAGAUGAAGGCAACUCUUUCAGCACAGUUGGAUCCACACUUUUUGAAUAACCAAGAGAUGUCAGAUGUGACAUUUGUAGUUCACGGGAAACCUUUCUACGCACACAGAGUCCUGCUGGUUACUGCCUCUGACCGAUUCAAGUCUCUUCUGGCAUCAUGUGGACCAGCUGGAGGCCCCAACAAGGAGAUUGAGAUCAGUGAUGUCAAGUACAACAUUUUCCAGAUGAUGAUGUCAUACCUGUAUUGUGGAGGGACUGAGUCACUGAAAAAGAACGUGCCUGACUUAUUGGAGCUGUUGUCAGCUGCUAGUUUGUUCCAGCUGGGGGCGCUACAGAGACAUUGUGAACUCAUCUGCUCUCAGCACAUCAACCUGGAUAAUGCAGUCAGCAUCUACAAGACUGCCAAGGUUCAUGGUUCGGUGGAGCUGAGCUCAUUUUGUGAAGGUUACUUCUUGCAGCAGAUGUCUGCUCUGCUGGAAAGAGAGAGCUUUAGGAGCUUGCUGUUGGGACCCCCUGGGGCCAGACAAGGAAACAACUCCAUUUCGACGCUGGCUCACAGCCGGGGUGACUCACUUCUGGAGGAGCUGGAAGCCACCCUGGCUCAACGACUACGCUCUCGCUACGUCACUUCCCGAGUCUGAAGACAACAUGGCAGAUGCUGUUGAGAGAAGACAGAAACAAGUGGAUAGACAUGGAAAUUAGGCAGAUGUCUCAUCUUGUCACUGAUAGAAGAUCAGAUCUGAAGUUUUCCAAAUACAGAAGUUUUUUUUGUGAUAUCUGAUUCUGUGUGUUUGUGCGCGUGUUAAGAAGCAAUACUUUGACAGUGGGGCUCAGAUUAGUGAGUGCUUGACAGCGGUUUAACUCUGUGGGCAACUCAACAUUUCAUAUUUUGUGCCAAGUACUCCAUCACGAUGUUUUUUGUUUUUUUGUGUGUGUGAUGUACAGCAUGUUGAAGAAGAAAAUGGGACAGUGUGAUGCUUUUUCUCCAGGCCUCGGGAAGCUUGAAUGGACAAGUAAGAGAUGGAUGCAACAAGUUGCAAGUCUGAAUAAUAAGACAAUGCUGCCCUCUAAUGGACAACAUGCUAAAUAACGGCCUUUGAGGAUUGGGAUCAGUGGCAGCCUCACUGUUUUGACUGAAUCAAUGUAAAGUGACUGAAGCAUUUAUUAAAGACUCAAGUGAGGUGGCCUUUUGAUGCUGGACUUUAAACUUUUCUGUUUUAUAGUAAUGCAGAGUGGGAGGAAGGCUGUAGCCUCAGAACUCCCUGGAUCGACGUAAGCUUUGGAGUAACAAAUGUACAUUUUUUUUUUUUAAAUAUAACUUUUUUUUUUUUAUUUUUAAAGUGACCAGAGCAACAAAACAUUUCUUGAAGAGUGGGAUGGACAUUUUCUAUUUAAAAAGAUGUGAGAGUAUUUAAUGGGGUGUCCCCUUUUUUUUUUUAUUUUAAUCAAAGCAAAUUAUUAGUAUUGAAGAAAUGCUUCUGUUGUUUUACCAGGUACGCUAACAGUUAAUUAAGCUUGUGUAUUCUGAGGUUUAACGCUUCGACACAGAUACAGCUGCAGACGCUAACAUGGGAUUCGGACAACAAAAGUCUGUUUUUUUUUUUUUGUUUGUUUUUUUUUGUGCUGGAUAUAUUAUU